AAUCUCUCCUAUAUAUUUCGUUCUCUCUCAACUCUCUCUCUCUCUCUCUUUGCUAGAACUCAGCUAGGGUUUUCAAUUUCCUCUCUCAGCUCUUCUUCGGAAUUCGUUUCUCGCUUCUCUGAUCUUCAAGAUGCAGAUCUUUGUCAAAACUCUCACUGGAAAGACCAUAACUCUCGAGGUCGAGAGCUCUGAUACAAUUGAUAAUGUCAAAGCAAAAAUUCAGGACAAGGAGGGAAUCCCACCAGACCAGCAGAGGCUGAUCUUUGCUGGCAAACAGUUGGAGGAUGGUCGUACUUUGGCUGAUUACAACAUCCAGAAAGAAUCCACCCUCCACUUAGUUCUUCGUUUGAGAGGUGGGAUGCAGAUUUUCGUCAAGACACUCACCGGAAAGACCAUUACUCUUGAAGUUGAGAGUUCUGAUACAAUAGAUAAUGUGAAGGCUAAAAUUCAGGACAAAGAAGGAAUUCCCCCAGAUCAGCAGAGGCUGAUUUUCGCUGGAAAGCAGCUUGAGGAUGGCCGAACUUUGGCCGAUUACAACAUUCAGAAGGAAUCUACACUCCACCUUGUUCUCCGCCUCAGGGGUGGUAUGCAGAUCUUUGUUAAAACUCUUACAGGAAAGACAAUCACUUUGGAAGUUGAAAGCUCGGACACAAUUGAUAAUGUCAAAGCGAAGAUACAAGACAAGGAGGGUAUCCCUCCAGAUCAGCAGAGGCUGAUCUUUGCUGGAAAGCAGCUUGAGGAUGGUCGGACAUUGGCCGACUACAACAUCCAGAAAGAGUCCACCUUGCAUUUGGUCCUCCGCCUCCGUGGUGGAAUGCAAAUCUUUGUAAAGACUCUUACUGGCAAGACUAUUACUCUUGAGGUCGAGAGCUCUGAUACUAUUGACAAUGUUAAGGCAAAAAUUCAGGAUAAAGAAGGUAUUCCACCAGACCAACAGAGGCUGAUAUUCGCUGGAAAACAGCUUGAAGAUGGCAGGACUUUGGCUGACUAUAACAUUCAGAAAGAGUCUACUCUUCAUUUGGUUCUCAGGCUUCGUGGAGGAAUGCAGAUUUUUGUUAAGACUCUGACUGGGAAGACCAUCACCCUUGAGGUGGAGAGCUCUGAUACCAUAGAUAAUGUUAAAGCAAAGAUUCAAGAUAAGGAAGGGAUUCCUCCGGAUCAGCAGAGGCUCAUCUUUGCUGGAAAACAACUUGAGGAUGGUCGCACUCUGGCUGAUUACAAUAUUCAGAAGGAAUCAACACUCCAUCUUGUUCUCCGCCUUCGUGGUGGUAUGCAGAUCUUUGUGAAGACACUGACGGGCAAGACAAUCACACUUGAGGUGGAGAGUUCUGAUACCAUUGAUAAUGUGAAGGCAAAGAUUCAGGACAAGGAGGGGAUCCCACCUGAUCAGCAGAGGCUCAUCUUUGCAGGAAAGCAGCUUGAGGAUGGUCGCACACUUGCUGACUACAAUAUUCAGAAGGAAUCAACCCUCCAUCUUGUUCUUCGCCUUCGUGGUGGUAUGCAGAUCUUUGUGAAGACACUGACGGGCAAGACAAUCACACUUGAGGUGGAGAGUUCUGAUACCAUCGACAAUGUGAAGGCAAAGAUUCAGGACAAGGAGGGGAUCCCACCUGAUCAGCAGAGGCUCAUCUUUGCGGGAAAGCAGCUUGAGGAUGGUCGAACACUCGCAGACUACAAUAUCCAGAAAGAGAGCACCCUGCAUCUUGUUCUCCGCCUCCGUGGUGGUCAUGUUUAGUUGGUUCAACAUUGGUACAAUCAAGUCGGGUUUCAAUCUGAAGAUUUAAUAAACAGUGUUAUAUUCUCUGUAUGUUUAUCAGUUUGAUGUUUGGGGAUGAUAAACCCUUUAAUUCUCAGGUUGAUUUUUUAAUGGUUGUUUUGGUACUCCUGUCAUGGUUUGAAUUUUCUGCCAAUGUUAUUUGGUUAUGAACAGUGUUUUCCAUAAAUAAAUGUGCUCUGUGAUUUAGUCAGA